AUGCUGGAGUCGGCGAUCCCGGCGCUGUGGAGCACCGUCCACGGCUGGUUCACCCCGGCCGUGCUCUUCCUCGUGCUCAACAUCGUCAUCGGCACCAUCGCCGUCAGCUCCAAGGUGACCUCGGCGGCGGGGGGCGGGGAGGGGGGUGCGGCUGAGGCCGCGGCUGGAGCGGCGGCGGGCGGCGAGAAGAGGGGCCUGUCGCGCGUGCCGUCCAUGGCGCUCGACCGGCUCCGGUCGUUCAGGCUGUCCCGCCACGCCGCCGCCGUCCCCGAGCCUCCCGUGGCCGGGUUUGUGGAUCUGGGGCUCGACGAGUACCUGCCGCCGCUGGAGAAGGAGGAGCCGGAGCCGGAGGAGCAGGACCACGCGCACAUCGAGCGGAGCAUGUCGGAGGCGGCGGCGGAGCCGGAGCUGCCGCGGCUCCCGGCGCGGCUCCGCAAGUCGGCGAGCGACAAGUCGGCGUUCGCGCACUUCGUGGUGGAGGAGGACACUGAGGCGGUGGAGGCGCGCAGGCCGGCGACGACGAGGGACCGCCCCCGCCGCCCCCUCGUGGUGGCGGAGCCGGAGGAGCCCGUGUCUGAGGAGGAGCCGGAGGAGGCCGCCGGCGAGGUGGACGCCCGCGCGGACGACUUCAUCAACAAGUUCCACCACCAGCUGAAGCUGCAGCGCAUCGACUCCUUCAUGCGCUACCGGGACACGCUCCGCCGCGGCCAGCCCACCGCCCAGCAGUAGAGCGGCCGAGUCCGGAGGAACGACCAAGCGGGCUAGAUGGAAGGAGGAGAAAAAAAAAAUCCGGGGAGGAAGCAGAGGACAUGCCGACAUGGUCUCUGGUACCUUCUUCCCCCCUUCUGUUUUGGUUUCUUCUUCCCUCACCUUGGAUUGGAUGCUAGUAACAUGUUCUAGUUUUGGAUAAAAGCUCCGCAAUGUGGUACGAUCAUGUCCUGUGAAUUACUACAGCUAUAUGCGGAGGCCUUCGGGAAAGAUAUUGGUAGUGUAAAUUUGUUCCCUGUUCUUCAGAUUCUAGUGGUUUAGCUCUC